AUGCUGACAGCUCUCAAUGUAGUAGUCCACAAACUGAGGAUUUUAUCAGAGGUCCCCGAAAUUGCACAUUUAAUUGGUCAAUUGGAGAAAACACAGGAUGGAAUGACUGAGGGAAUUAUUCGGCUGUUUUUUAAGACUGUUGAAGGCACUGAAAGUCUUCCACUUUUGGCAGAGGCUUCCAAUACUUUGAUUGCGAUGGGAGAAGAGCGUAUUGGACGUUUAUUGGACUCGAUUUGUGAAUAUUUUGGGGAUUUAUACGAGGGACAAAUGUCAGAGGACAUUAAAACUAACAUUACUCUCAUAAAACGGACUUUGGCAUAUUUUGAGAGAGAUUUUGAGGGGGUUUUCCCCCUUCACUGGCAUGUCUCGUUCAAAAUCGCUCUCAGACUGUGCCAAAUCACCAGAAAGUCCUUAGAACAGUCAUUGGCUGAAGGAAAAACGGAUUUCGCUGAAUUUGGAAAGUUUUAUAAAUUGGAAGAUCUUUUGGAAAAGAGACUGAACGGAGGACGAGGGGAUGUCUUCAAAGGGAUCAUAACUUUGUCCAUCACCCCCCAUAUGGAUGCAUACGUGGCCAGUCUUGAUAAGACCAUGGAAGAGAUGAUGGAGACAUUUAUUGAAGACAAAUCUCUUGUGGGGGAAACACAGGUCUUGGCCAGUGCUCCUCAACUUUUUGUCACUUUGGGGAAUAUUCCUGAACAUUCUAUUUACAAAAAGUACAUCAACCGAUAUGCAAGUCAUCUCCAACAAGCUUUUCCUUCCGUAGAACAUCCUCUAACAGCUGGGGAUAUAUCCACAGUCUGUAUAGUUAUAUCUACUGCUGGAUUUUGUGUGGAUUCCGCGAAUAGAUUGCAAGUUGAAGCGUCUUUUGAUAGGAAUUAA